CCUCCCAAAUUUUGGAGGGUUUGUAUUUCUUCUUUAGAGUAAUAAGUCGCAGGUCCUGGACUAAUAGGUAGGCCCCUGAGGGUUUGCGGACAGGCAAGAUGGGCGUGUUGCAGGGGGAGUUGAUGGGGAUGAGGAGUCCCUGCUGUUUUAGGCGGGUCUAUGAUAGGCUUAAGGCCCCUCCAAUAAGGGAACUACGCCCCGGAGGGAAACUGUGAUCUGUCCCUUAACUGUAUUAUUACAGGAGGAUGGUGAGUCCCGAUGACCGGUUUAGAGGUGUCCCGUACUCUUGGAUCUACUGAGGGGAGGCAUUUUGGGGACGCGAGGGAUGGAGUGGAGAGUAGAGGUAGGAGACAUUCAGAGGUUGAAGGGGAGGGCGAAAGCCGGGUGGUAGGCUGUGAUUUGUGGAGGAUGUCUCUUCCCAGUAGGGGGGAGAGUGGUGGUCUGGACGACGUGUGUGUAGGUCGUGCCAGGUUAGGUCAUAGGCCUGGGCCAGGUAUUGAAAUUCUUUGAUAAAGUUAUCUGGGUUGGCAGAAAAGGAACCUAGGCGCUUUUCUAUUUGGGAAAGGUGUUGGAGGGAGAAGGGCGCGUGGACCCGAACAACCCCCUCGGCCCCCGCGACCUCUUACACGGGCAGACCCGGUCUGGAGAGGGGUAAUGGGACCGCUGUGCGCAGAGAUAGGAGGGGAUGAGAGGGGGCCCCCCCUGGGGGGCAGGUUCCACCGCGAUCUCCGGCUGAGGAGCUUCAGGAGCGGUGGGGGUAAGUAGGGCCGAGGUUGGAGUCGGAUCGGAGGGUUGACGAGCGAGAGGUACGGGAGGCUGGGGGAUGGGAGCGCGGUAUAGGGGAGGCGGUAGCAAAAGAGGGGCCCUCACAGGAGGGCCAGACAAGUUUUCGGGAGGUUCGGAAAGGGGGGAGAGGACAGAGGGUUCUGGAUCCUUGGGGGGUGCAGGUGGGAGAGUCGGAGAGGGGGUGCGGGCAAGAACCUGAGACAUAGUGCAGCGGGAGCAAAGUGAAGGACGAGAGCGCAGGGUCCAGAAGGCUUGGACGUAGGGAACCUCAGACCAUUUGCCUUGGCGUCCACAGAGGUUAUCAAGGUCCAUGAGAAUCUGGUAGUCAAACGUGCCUUCAGGAGGCCAUUGUGACUGACUGACUGUCUAAUCCAUACUGAGGCCAGGCAACAGUACAGUAAUGUCUCAGGCGCUGCCUGCGCAGGACCUGGUCGCACUCCAAGGUUUGGAGGUUGGCCAGAAGGCAACCUAAAGGCGUUUUUGGAUCAGUUUUGGACUGGGAAGUUCCCAUAGCCGCCUCGCCCACCAGUUCAGAUCACGGAGGAAAGCGUCCCCUCGUCCGUGUGCUGGACUGCAGAUCGAGGAAGAGAGGGUAGCUGUCGCCGAAUGGGGACGUCUCCGGAUUCUUUGGAGCUCUGGAGGCUACCUGGAACUACAUAAGACAAACACGAUUUGAAGAGGAAACUCUGAAGGAUCUUGAUAACUAUCUACACCGGGGCUGAUGCAAUGUUAUCAAGACUGGGCGUCAGCCAGGCAAAGGACCCUCGAGAAGCCAGCUGGACUCUCAGUCCCACCCUCAAAAAAGCGCGAAAUAACGCCUCUAUGGUUGUUCCUGUGCCGGAGCUCAAGGCUACGCUCUCUCCUUUUGCGAAACUCUAUGGUCGGAGGACGCCGUUGUGCCCCGGAAGUAGUCCUAGGGGGCCGGGACGGCAAGAUGGCGGCGCGAGCAGCGCUUGGUUCCAUGUGCCGGCGUCUCUGGCAGGGUUCAAGGAGUUUUUCUAUAAGCAGUUCUAAGAGCAGUACAGCCAGAAAUGGUGGCUUUCUCCUUACCAGUAUGAAGUGGGUGCAGUUUUCAAACCUACACGUUGAUAUUCCCAAGGAUUUGACCAAGCCUACGAUAACCAUUUCUGAUGAACCAGAUACAUUAUAUAAGCGCCUCUCAGUUUUAGUAAAAGGCCACGAUAAGGCUGUAUUGGACAGUUACGAAUAUUUUGCCGUACUUGCUGCUAAAGAACUUGGUAUCUCUAUUAAAGUACAUGAGCCUCCAAGAAAAAUAGAACGAUUUACUCUUCUCAAAUCUGUGCAUAUUUUCAAGAAGCACAGAGUUCAGUAUGAAAUGAGAACACUUUACAGAUGUUUAGAGUUAGAACAUCUAACUGGAAGUACAGCGGAUGUCUACCUGGAAUAUAUUCAGCGAAACUUACCCGAAGGAAUUGCCAUGGAGGUUAUAAAGACAAAAUUGGAACGGUUACCAGAGCACAUCAAGGAGCCAAUCUGGGAAACGGUACCAGAGGAAAAAGUAGAGAGCAAGUCCUAAAGUUUCAGCCAGUCCACUUGUGCCGGCCUGUGACCCACGGGGGGGGGGGGUCAGACAUGUACGUUGAAAUAGAGGCUUCCAGUGGGAGUGACCAUGAGUCCACCUGACCGCUCUGUUGAGCCCCCGUGCACUGAUCAGCUCAAAGCAGGGCUGAAACUUUAAUGACAGACACACUGGACCAUAGUGAAAACCACUUCACCUACUCUUCUGUACACAUUGUUUCAGAUCCGAUUUCAACAAAUGUGAGCAAGCCCCUUUGACUACUGUGCACCAAAAGAAUCAGGUUUCUAUUUUGUCAUUCUGUUCUAGUUCAGUUUUUAGUUUGCACUGAUACCAUUUCAUUUGUCUGAAUGUUUGAAAUACUCCUUACGCACAUUUUUUUCUUUUCAGCUUCUUAGAAGGAACCUUCAGUUAAUUAGGUUAGUGUAACAGUGAACUGCCGAACAGUUAAAGUUUUUGAUACUUACCUAUUGGAAGCUGGCAGUUCCUAGUGUGGAGGUGGUGAUCUCCGAAUUUUACCUCAUUUCAGCGGGACAUUCUUGAAAAUGAACGUACUGUGCAGCAGACCACGCACAUUCGUGGCACACAGUAAGCUUCUUGUCGCCCAAACCUUUGCCAGGCUGCCAGGAAGGAGCACUGUCAUGGGAUUUGAGCUCUCAAGAAAUGACUGUCUGCCUCACUUUUUUCCUCCUGUGAUUUGUCCAUUCGACAGGCUUAUAUUUUGUUAGCUCUGUAACCAGCGCUGUAGUCAGUACCAAACAUUGAGUGGAAAUAAUGGCUUGUGAAAGCUGUGCAGGUCACGGAUAAAUAUUUUUCCUUAUUAGGUCCCACACUGAUAAGUCCUCCUUCUUUUAAUAAGUGGCAUUCCUUUUGUUUGGAGAUGUCUACUUUUCCAUGAAAUUAAACUGUAGUGAAAGCCCUGAAAGAGGCAGGACUACAAUGCGCUAAAA